GUUCCAGUAGAGAGGCUGUGGCAGCCUCUUCUCUAUACACAUUGGCACUUUUCAAGAUGGCGAGCAAAAUGCUCGUUCCAAUCAGAGCAAGUUCACAAAGAAUUUUCUACGGAAGAUUUCAAAGAAAAUCGUCAGAAUUGUUUCUUAAACGAAACUUAUCACAGUUCAAACAGAAUCUCAAAGAAGUGGAGAGUCAUGCAGGAGAAACAUAUGUAACAUGGAGAAAAAUUUCUAUAUUUGUUGCUGUGCCUGUUUGCACAUAUCUUUUCUACAAACACAUGAUUGUUGGAGAACAUAUGGAACCUCCAAAAGAGUUCAUUGCGUAUGAUCAUAUCCGUAUGAGAAAAAAGCCUUUUCCAUGGGGCGAUGGAGACAAGAGCUUAUUUCAUAAUGAGAAAUUCAAUGUCGGCCCUGAUACUGAUUUUGAGGAGGAAGAGGAACAUAACCAUCAUGAGCAAGAGCCAAUUAUAACGAGAUGGUUCCGCAGCUUAAUGCCCAAAAGAGAAGACAUGUUGGAAUGGCGAGACAAGCAUCUUAGACAAAUGCAAAUUGUUGCUGUUGGAAACCUCGAAUUCAUGGAACAGCCAAGGAAACCUCCAGUCCCAAUCGAUGUAUUUGGAAUUUACGACAGGUCACCGAAGCCAAAAGUUAUGCAUGUCGAUCAUUAGGCUUAACACAAAUUCCAUCUGUUGACUUUUAAAUUUUUGUUAUGUAAUUGUUCCUGCUUGAUAUCUGUGUGGUGAAUAAAUAAAUGUUAUCGGUACAUAUGGAUUUCUAUGUUAUCAAAUUGCCCAUCUGA